ACGACGCGAUCGUCUGUUGCCGGGAAACGGGCGAUCGCGUCAAAUGACGAAGGUUCUUGAACGCGUCAUUUGACGCGAGCGCCUUUCGACAAGGAGGCGCUGGGUUGAAACAAGGAGGCGCAGCGCCUCUCUUUCCCGGUUUAGAUUAACCCCUGAGCAGGAUAAUCAUGGCGAGGAAGCAGGAAGGAGAGCAGAGGAGCCUAGAGCUGGAGAAGGAACAGGUUUGAUAAUUCACAAUAGACACUUUUCUUUUUCGAAGAGGGGGAAAUGUAGCUAAUCCUACCAAGGGGGGGUUUUAUAUAGAUUUUAUGUUUUUGUGGUAGAAAAAAGAAGGGAGGAGGCAGAAGCAGAGGAGCCUAGAGCUGGAGAAGGAGCAGGUUUGAUAAUUCACAAUAGACACUUUUCUUUUUCGAAGAGGGGGAAAUGUAGCUAAUCCUAUAAUAAUAAUAAUAAUAAUAAGUGGGGCUUUAACACAGAUUUGAUGUUUUUGUGGUAGAAAAAAGAAGAGAGGCGGAGGAGGAGGAGGCAGAAGCAGGGCAAGAUAGUGUCGAUGAUUCUGACCAAAAUAACCAGGGAGAUGAUGAGCAAGAUAUCCCUGAAUCUACCAAGUUCAGGGAGAAAAAAAAGUAUUAUCCAUGGCUAAUAUGUCAAAGCAAAAAACUUGGCUGCCUAACCUGCCAGAAAAUGAAAGUAGUUGGGCCAAGUACAGGUGGGAGCAGCCAGUUGCAUAUUGCUGAUGAGUGGUCCAACGUUAAAGUUACAGCCUAUGGUGCAAACCGAGCAGCACAGCUGCAGUCUCUUCGUAAGAAAAUAUACAAGCAUAGAAUGUCAGACUAUCACCAAGCAGCUGAGAAAACCAUGGAAAAAGCAAAAGAAAAUACAUUGGAAACAUUGACUUCUGAAAUGCAAAGGGAUCACUUCUUAACUACUGAUAGGGUAUUUCGUACAGUGUACAAGAUUGUAAAAUCUGGAAGGCCUUUCACAGAUCUACCGUCCGAUAUUGAUCUGCAAGUCUUGAAUGGACUAGACAUGGGAAGAACUUUACAUUCAGACCAUUCCUCUGCAACAAUCAGCCAACACAUAGCAAAUGAAAUGCGAAAGAGUAGUUGGAAAGGUCCUUCAAAGUGGAGCAAAACUUUCUGUUAUGAUAGAUGAAGCUACAACUGACAGUAAAAAAUCAGUAUUGAUAAUUUAUAUUAGUGCGAGCCUAGGGAUGAGUGAAGAGCCCCUAAUAUUCUUCUUGGAUCUAGUUGAGCUUUCUGCUACCAAUGCAGGUGAAAUUUAUCAAGCUCUAAUGAAUAACCUGUCACAUCAUGGCUUCUCUGAAGCUAUUCUGAGUGAACGCUUUGCAUCAGAUGGAGCUUCUGUAAUGCUUGGAAGUAAAGCAGGUGUUGCAACCAAAAUUGUAGAACAUUUUCCAAACGUAAUGGUGUGGCACUGCAUGAACCACCGUCUUGAGUUGAGUGUUGGAGAUGCUGUUGAAGAAAUUGUAGGGAUGAAUGACUUCCAGUUUUUCUUUGACAAAGUGUACAGUCUCUAUCAUGCAUCGGCCAAAAACCGUCGUGAGCUCACUGAAUGUUGUGAGGAACUUGCUUUACAGUGUCUGAACAUAGGGAGAAUUCUCAGCACUAGAUGGGUGGCAUCCAGUUACAGGACCAUUAAAGCUGUAUGGCAGCAGUACCCUGCAAUCCACAAGCACUUUUCUAAUGCCUCAGUUGAUCCUAAAAGAAGUUCAACAGAGAGAUGCAUGUUCAGUGGUUUAAUAGAUCGCCUUUCUAAUGCCACCUUUGUGCACAAUCUUGGAAUCAUGUAUGACGCUUUAGAAGAGUUGUCUGAAUUCUCUCUCUCUCUUCAAGACAGAAACAUGACGCUCCCCAAGGCUGUAGCAACUCUCAGUCGGCAGGUCCGUGUGUUGAAGUCCAUUGCAGAGCAGCCUGGACCAGCGGCAGAAGUGGCUCAGACUGCAAUGGGUUUGAAGCUAUUCAAAGGGGUGCCACUGACAAAUAAUUUAAGACACAGCAGAGAAAUAAACCACCAACAUUUCUUUCAUGCUUUGGCUGCUAAAAUUGAAUCAAGAAUGGGAUCACUGCCUGGAAAACAGAGAAGCAAAGAAGAGUACCAGAGCUUUCUUAACAAUGUCAAAGUGCUGCAGCCAUCAAACUGGCCAGAUGUGUGUGGUGUUCGUUAUGCCGAAAAGGAAAUACAGGAACUCUGCUCCUUUUUCAAGCUUGAUGAUGGCAGACAAAUUCAGAGAGGAAUGAGGGAAUAUAUUGAUAUGGUGAAACUCAAAUCUGUUGGUGAAAUGACACCACAAGCACCAGAAGAGCUAAAACCCCUCCUUCAAGCAGUGAACACACUGGUCAUCUCCACAGCUGAGUGUGAGCGUGGGUUCAGUCAGAUGAACAUUUUAACCACAACUAGAAACACGCUAGAGGUGAAAAGUAUGUCAGCCUUGCUUUUCAUCAAGUGUGUUGGCCCUCCACUACAAAUGUUCAAACCAGAUGUUUAUGUCAAGUCUUGGCUUCAAAGUCAUUGCUUGGCUAAUGAUCUGAGAGCAAGAGCCCGGAAAGUUUGCAUUAAAAAACAUGAUUACGAAACUCUCUGGAAGCUUCUAUAAGAUACUGUAGGGGAGAAUGGGGUAGGUAGCCAUUGAACAAAACUGGUCAGUUUAUUUGUAUUUGUAUUAUAUCAUAUUGUAUGUAGUAUUUUCAGAUUUUGUAAAUGGUAUAUUUGUUUAAUCCAUGUUCUUGCACUUGAAUGGACUUCACUUGAGAGGAUUCAUGUUCAUUUACAAUGUUUUGUGAGGUUUUGAUAUUGUAUGUAGUAUUUUCAGAUUUUGUAAAUGGUAUAUUUGUUUGGACUUCACUUGAGAGGAUUCAUGUUCAUUUACAAUGUUUUGAUAUUGUUUGAGUAUUUUCAGAUUUUGCAAAUGGUAUAUUUGUUUGGACUUCACUUGAGAGGAUUCAUGUUCAUUUACAAUGUUUUGUGAGGUUUUGAUAUUGUAUGUAGUAUUUUCAGAUUUUGUAAAU